CUGUUUGGAACGAUCUCCGCGGAUAAUACCCCCGGAGCCUUUGUGAGAAAGCAGCUUCGCCAUUCCCCGGGCGGGGUGGGACCACCGGGACCCCUCCCCGGGACCACCGGGACCCCUCCCCCGGGAGCAGCGGGCGGUUCACGGGCUCAGCACGUGCAGAGUCAGACCACGCCCCAUAUGGGCGUGGUUACAACAAAACGGACCAAUCACCGGUUUACGUGGGCGUGGUUGUAGGCGCAAGGGCGUAUCCAAUUAAUACAUGCUGUGACGUCAGGGAGAUGGGCGUGGCCUAUGAGCACUAUAGGCGUGGUUUAGGCAACACGGGGGCGUGUCCUCGCUGCGGUGGGGGCGUGUCUGAGGGUCGCGCAUGCGCGCAGGGCGGUAGCGGCGCGGCCAUGGCGCACGGGCACGGGUCCGGCCGGUGCUGCUGCUGCGGGGAGGAGGCGGCGGAGCGCGGUUCGGCCUGGGGGCUCUACCUGCGCAUCGACCGGCAGCGCCUGCAGUGCCUCAACGAGCGCCGCGAGGGCUCCGGAGCCACCGUGUUCCGCCCCUGGGAGGAGCGCGGGGACCGCUCGCAGUUCGUAGAAAGCGAUGAUGACGAGGAGCUGCUCUUCAACAUCCCGUUCACAGGCAGCGUGAAGUUGAAAGGAGUCAUGGUGAUGGGCGAGGAUGAUGGGACACACCCGGCUGAGAUGAGGCUGUUCAGGAACAUUCCUCACAUGUCCUUUGAUGACACAGCCAAGGAGCCAGAGCAGACCUUCAGCCUGAGCCGGGAUCCCCUGGGACAGCUGGAAUAUCCCACCAAAAUUGCCCGUUUCUCCAACGUUUACCACCUCUCCAUGCACUUCCCAAAGAACUUCGGAGCCGAAACAACCAAGAUAUUUUACAUAGGCCUGAAAGGGGAGUGGACGGAGGCUCAUCGCCACGAGGUCACCAUCUGCAACUACGAAGCCUCGGCGAACCCGGCCGACCACAAGCUGGAACAGAUCACCCCCCAGACUCACUUCAUCUCCUAACGGGAGCCCGUCCGGGGCAGGAACGGCUUCCCGGAGCACCGGAGCAGCUCCACGGCUGUGGGACAGACACGGUGGCGCGGUGUGAGACGGCCCGGGAGCGGCGGGGCCGCUCUGGAGGCUCCACGGAGCCGUGUGCGGGCCCGGUACCGGCUGUGACUGACAAUAAACACGCUGCGGUGCAGA